CGAUUACCCCUCCUGGACACCUCUGGCUUGUCGUCCCGAUUGUGACGAGCCAGAAGGGACGACAACUGCUUGCUUCGUCAGGAGUUUAAUGCCUCCGAAGGGCAAGACGAAGAACGCACUGAGCCCGCACGACAAACGCCACGAGAACGGUCUCGCUGCCCCGGGAAAGAGAGUCGCUCGUCAACGGAGCAACGGCCAGCUGAACGGAGUGUCAAAUGGCAAGCUCGCGCCAUCCGUGUCGCCUCCUGCGCUUCCCUCAACUGGCCUAAACUCGGGCUUCAAGUUUCCACGAGCCGCCGACGAUACCGCUCCCGGUGCCGCGAACACUAGUGACAAUGUUGUUGGAAGUGAAGAGAAGGAUACACCCAGGACUGCUUCAGACGCAUCGAUGGAGGAAGAGGGACCGCACGGCGAGAGGAUCGACGCAAUACACGAGCAGGUCUCGGUGGAAUCACAGCCCACUGUAGCGGACAAGCACGCACCUCCCCACGCCGGCAGCACGUUUUCUACGGUAUCGACGAUUUUGACAUACUACCCGCUGCGCGAUGCCAUCUCAAUCCUCAUCCUCCUCUUGUCUCUCCCGCCGACAUUGGUCCUGUUCAUCCAAACACUCUUCGCUUCGCUCACGUUUGUCCCACCGACGGCCGGUCUGUCGAUGUCCACGCUGCCCAACGUCAAGGAGAUGUUCAACUCGUCGAAUUUUGGAUACCCAGCAUUGGCCACGAUUCUGUUUGUCGACGUCUUUUUCUGGGGAUGCUGGCUCACUCUCUGGAAGCCCACGCAGGCCAUCUUCUUGGACCUGUCCCAGGCGGUCAUUGCAGUGUCUCUCAGUGGAGCGGCGGCCAGCACUGGCGGGCCGACAUACAGCAUAGCGACGUGCGCACUUAUCGUCUGCGUGUCGCAUGUGCUGCGGUAUCAAGCAAUACACCUCACCGCGUAUGACUAUCUCCGCUCUGUGCUGCACAAAAUGGACGUCAAAUUACCUCUUGAUGCGCCUGCUUUUGCACCUUCAUAUCUUUCACAACCACCGAUCGAGCGUGGCAUGCUUUUCAACAUCGUCCGCACAAUCCUUGGAAUACACAUAGUCUCGCAGGGUGUCACGACCUGCGUCCGCCGCACUCUCGCCAACGCCAAAGCCAACGAAAAAGACCACAACCUACCUGCAAUCAUCAAGACCGACACCGAGGCCGCUGCUGGAGCCGAUCUGUCUUCGCGAGCUGGUACCGGCAUGGCCGAAGGCCUACAGCCUCCCACCAAUGUCUCGACUUCUGACGGCCGACUUCCCGGUCCUCCAUCUCACCGCGAUGGGAAAGCUCGGGAGUCAAACAGCAAGAAGAAAAAGAAACAGGCCAACCAGGUUCGAAGUCAGCAGCCACUCUGGGCCGCGAUUGCAAGUACCAAAGUCACUUUCGUCAAGGAGAUGGAGCAGCGAGAUGCGGCCGACGACGCUCGUGAAGCCGCUGCUAUGGAUAACAACACAACAAACCUGUUUUUAAGCGCAACCAACACCCCUACCAAUCGCGUCUGGAUAUGCGAAGUUCGGGAUACAGAGAUAUACUUCGCCGUGGAGCUCUCGCCGGAAGCCGCAACGGAGACUGUUGAAGGGAAGCAGAAUUCGAUGACACCAGGCAUUGAUAAAUCGAAGCCCUUUUUCAUCCGCGUCAAUGGAGCUGUUUGGAGCUCGGCCAGGAUCAUGCCCAGCGAGGAUGCCGGGAACGGACCUAUUGACCGCUACGUGGGCGAAGUCUUCGGCCUUGCACCAAUGAGCAGCUACCAUUGCGAGAUUGUCAGCAUCGCAAGUCAGCGCGUUCUUUGCUCUGCCAGCCUGAUUACUCAACCCGCACCGACUGCUGAGCAGGCUGCUGCGGUACCUGCGCCUACCCAACAUCAGACCCUACGACCCUCCUCGCCAAUCACCACGCUCAAGCAGUCUAUUCAAUCCGCCGAGGCCAAGCUGAACGAAACCAGAAAUCGCCUGAAGAAGACCAAGAAAGACCAGCGAGCCGCUCACGCCGAUGUCAAAAAGGAGAUCAACGCGCUCAGGGGCAAGAUGGAAUCUUCCGGAGGUCUGGAUGAUAAGCAGGAACGCAGACUCCUCCAGAUCAAUCAGCACAAGAAUCAAGCCGAAGAAGCGACCGCCGAGCUCAAAACACAGAUCGAUGCCAUGGGAGACCUUCCCUCGGAUGACCUGGCGGAAUCUCAAGCGAAGCGACGCACGUGGCAGUCUGCCUUGGACGCGAAGAAAGCCGCCAACGCCGACUACGAAUCUGCAAAGGCCGACCAGGACCGCGAGCUUGCUGCACUCCGAGCUGAGAUCACUGCCUCGGAGUCCAAGAAGGAGAAGCUUGCCGCUCGAAGUGCUCAACGCGCUCAGGAGCUCGAACGACUUGCCGCCAGGCAGCAGUCCGAGAUGAUGGCUCGCUCCAAGCAGGAACAUGACCGCGCGCACGAUCUUGCUAGGAGGGAACACACCGCCGAUCAAUUUCAUCAGCAGAUCGCCGCCAUGGAAUACGAGUGCCAGUCCUGGACGACAAAAGCACAGGAAGCCUACCAAGCUUCUGCCGCGCUCUCAGGCUGGCCGACUAAGAUUCCUCCCGGCUUUCCAGGCUACUCCUCGCCGCCGACUCCAGAAGGCAUGGCGUCCUCCAACCAAGUCAAUGGUCAACCCAGUCCUCAAGCUAACGGUUUCCCUUCCAUACCAUCUUUCACUCCCGGGCACUCGUUCACGCCUUCCAACCCUUUCAUCCCUUCCUCCCACAUGCUCUCCACCUCCGCCGGCGCCAUGGCUCCACGUGGACGUAGUUCGUCCAUGCUCAGCCAAAUUUCCGGUUUCACCGACGACGACUAUCAUUUCGGACCCGACAUUCCCUCGCACCAGCAGCAGCAGCACUGGUCCAUGCCACAACAAUCACAGGCCCAAGCCGGCGCUUCUUCUCACUCCACCACCGCCCUGCCCACCACUGAUCGUCAGGCGAGUGAUGGCGACGCGGAGGGGUCGGCGAAUGGUUCUGGCUCUGCUGGGGCAAGCGUUAUGAAUGGAAGUACGAAUGGUUCUAACAGUCCGAGGCCGGAGGCGAAACCUUUUAUUCCCGGAACGAACGGGAGUGGAAAUGGCAAGGGAGGAGGAGUGGGUACGAUUGGACAGGCGAGGAAGACGUUGCCGCCGAGUCCGGUUGCGGCGAAGGUCGGAGCGAAUGGUAGAUAGGAUUGGUAGUUCGCCU